UUGAUCAGGGUUGGAAUUGACCUGAUCUCCUUGGAUCUUUAAAACCCCAUUUUACAAAGGUUGAUAUUGCAACAGCACGUAUUCGUUUUAGUUUUGUGCGCUUCACUGUCCGUUCCUCCUGACGCACCAAUUCAGCGCAUUUUCCAGCAGACCUCGUUGUGAGAUCGCAGGUCGGGAGGAUGACAGCUCGAGCAUAUUUCUCGUUGAUCGCGGUUUUAUCGUGUCUGUUCGGAUACUUGAGCAUAACUCACGCUAUUCAAAGGCGAGCCACAGUGGACGGUUUGUGUCCGGAGAGGCUGACGGUCGUGCCGUCCCGUCGAGGAUGUGCUUCUGAUGAAGACUGCCCUGGAGGACACAAAUGCUGUCGAUUUGACUCUGGGCCUGUUUGCGUGCUGCCUGUUUUCAUGAAGCCGGGUCACUGUCCCAUACCGGAGAUGAUUCCACUGUGUGCUGAAAGCUGUUUCCAUGAUUUCCAGUGUCCUGCCACACAGAAAUGUUGCCCAACCACUGGUGGCUUUGCAUGCAGUGAACCACGUGGUCAGGGAAUAGGUCAGGCAAGAUGCCAGGGAAGCUUCCAGGGCAGCGGCCAGGGUCAGAGCAGCGGCCAGGGAAGCGGUUAUGGCCAGGGUCAGGGAAGCGGUCAGGGCAGCGGCCAUGGCCAGGGAAGCGGUCAGGGCAGCGGCCAUGGCCAGGGAAGCGGUCAGGGCAGCGGCCAUGGCCAGGGAAGCGCCUAUAAAUGCCGAGAUCUGGGUCUCACGGAUCUCAUGCUGGGAACGGCAGUGUGUUCAACUUCAUGCGGAGCAGCGUGGAGCGAUCGGCAAGAGUUUCAGCUUGCAGUUCGGGACGGAACUAACCUAUCGGCAAGCUCCUCCCUUCGAGCGCAGAUGAGAUGA